AGAAACCCCUAAGACGAUCGUUUCAAGUUUCCAACUUUUUUUUUUCCUCUUCAAAUCGAUCGCCGUUUCCUCCAUACUCCGUCCACCGUUCACACUUCCGGCGCCGUUGCCUAUCCAAAAUCUACACUUGUCUUAAAACAUGAGUCGUAAUCCGGAGGUUCUUUGGGCUCAGCGUUCUGAUAAGGUUUACCUAACCGUUGCCUUACCUGAUGCGAAGGACCUUUCAGUCAAGUGUGAGCCUCAGGGUCUAUUCAGUUUCUCUGCUCUUGGUGCCCUAGGCGAGCGCUUUGAAUUCAGCUUGGAGUUAUAUGGGAAGAUUCUGCCAGAAUAUCGGAAGAAUGUAGGGCUUAGGAACAUCAUAUUUUCAAUUCAAAAAGAAGAGAAAAGUUGGUGGACACGACUGCUGAAAUCAGAAGAGAAACCCGCACCUUAUAUCAAAGUCGAUUGGAAUAAAUGGUGCGAUGAGGAUGAGGAGGUCAACUCUGAAACGGCCUCUGAUGAUGAGAGUGCAUUUGUUGAUCAAGAUGAAAGCAGUGAUGAUGAUGGAUUGCUCUAUCUUCCUGAUCUGGAAAAGGCAAGAAGAAAUUAAGCUUUACGGCAACAACAACCAACCAAACCAACUGGAAGCUGAAGAUAAGGUAAAAGACGAUGAAUCGAAGCUUAGGAUGAUCCAGUUUGCUUUGUACCCGACUAAACCUAUUGUUCAUGCGGUUUAUGUAGCUUACCUCUGAUUAGAUAUCUCAAAGGAAUCAGCAUUAGUUGUCUCUGAUAUAGUUCUCGAGUUUCUCUGACUUAAUUUGGCUUCUUUUUUUUCUUUGGUUCACAUUGGAUCCACUUUCUAGGUCUGGUCCAGUUAGGGUUCGGUAUGUGAACUCUACCAAGAGUAGGAACUAGUAAGUAAUGUAAGGGUAUGAUUUGGUUUCUACUUUCUAAUACCCAUUUAAUCACACUAUGUCUUCUUUAAAAAGAUUCAGUUUCAUUUUUUAAGCUCUUGCUAAUGUUAA